AUUUCACCAACCUUUUAUACUAAAAUAGUGUAGAUCACCCACAUUACAUCAAGACAUCAUAAUAUUAACAAAUUAAAAAUUCGUUUUGCAGUGUGGUAACUUUCUGUGCGGUGGUGUUGGUGUUGCUGUUCUGUGGUGUUAAGUUACCAUUAUAGGUUAGGUUGACUUGACAUUUAUAAGUUUGACACUGACAGAAAAAUACGCCAGUCUGACGCACACUUGCCGAUUUGCAAUAAUAAACCGACAUCCAACAAUUAUAAAGUGUGUAUUUCUCAGGUCAAAGCAACAUGCAAGAUAAGUGUAUUAUAAAUGUUAUCACAUAAUUUGGUGUUUUUUUAAUCGCUGUUCUACAAUGAUGAUCGAGCAAAAUUUUGUUGAAAUCAACCAAAUAGAUGGAUUUUUAUCGUUUAUUUGGAGUAUUGAUUGGAGGGAUCCUUGGCUUAUAGCAUUAUUUACAUUUCAUAUUACCAUAUUUAUAAUGGCAAUAUUCACAAGAAAUUAUGGAAAUUUUCAAGCAUUACUAUUCUUUUGCCUGUUGCUCCUUGUAUAUUUCUCUGAAAGCAUUAACAAAUUGGCUUCAAACAAUUGGAAGAUUUUUUCUCGACAACAGUACUUUGAUAGCAACGGGCUAUUUAUCUCAGUCGUUUUUUCAAUGCCGAUUUUACUCAAUUGCAUGUUGAUGGUGGGAAGCUGGCUUUAUCAGUCCACACAACUAAUGAAGAACUUAAAAAUAGCCCAACUUGAAGAACGUAUCAGAAAUGAAAGAAAGUUGCAAAAAUCCAAAUCUAAAGAAGAUUAAAAACCGUUUAACAUUGUGGACAAUAUAUUUUUUAUUAGUUUUAUAUGAAGACCAUUAUUUUAUUAUUUAUCUAAUGUUGGUAUGUAUAAGUUUUUGUUUUAGUGUUAUUAUAAGUUUAAAAUUGUAAAAAAGCAGUGAUUGCAUAAUUUUGACAUAAAAGUUACAAAAUACUUAACGUACACACUGCUUAUCUGUUGUAUAGUUACCCAAUCACAUUUAAAUACAUGUAAAACAGUGAUAUAUUGUAAUACUUACUAUAAUAAUUGAGAAAUUAGUGUGAAACAUAUUAACUAGUCAAUUGGAACUUUCAUAUUGCCAUCUUAGCUUGUAUGUAAAACUAAUUAUCUCAUGUAGUAAGGGGCAUAGUUAUUGUUAAUAUAAUAUUAGGUAUAAGAUUUUUAUUAAUUGCAUUAAGACUGAUUCAUACAUUUUAGAUAUGGAAGAAAAAACAGCACAAUAAACUACUUCUUUUUA